AUGACGGUGACACGAUCACAGACCGGGAAGACCCCUAAGAAAGCGCAGCAGGACGCAUAUCUCGAGACUCCGCGGCGCAUCACACGAAAUCGUUCUUCUGCCACGCCCGAAGUGAGCUCAGAUCUCGCAGAGUCGAUCGAGAAGCCGAAGAUGUCUAGUCCUCGCAAGAGAGCCACGGCAAAGAAGGCGGAGGAGCUCAGGGAAGAGGUCGAGGAGCAUGUCUCGACUGCCAAUGGCUCCAACGGUGCUGUUAACGGCGCUACCAACGGUGCCGUUGCGAAUGGCUACAGUGAGAAGAAGGCCGAAGCAGAGCAGGCUACAGAAGACUACAAGAUCACCGACCACAUCGAGUUUGGCGGGACUCCAGGCGUGACAGCGAUGAUGAUAGGAUUCCCUGCGCUGAUGUACUACAUGUGGAUUGGAGCGACCUACUACGACGGCGCAUUCCCAACUCCCUCAGAGGGCCAGUCCAUAUCUGACUUCCUGCAACACCUCCUUAACCUGGUAUAUACUGGCGCAUUCCCAUCGCUCAAGGCAUGGGCGAUCUACUGGGGGUUUUUCAUCUUCGAGGCCCUUGCAUACAUGUAUCUGCCCGGAAUCACCGUCAAGGGCAGACCAUUGGACCACCUGGGAGGAAAGCAGUUGACCUAUUACUGCUCGGCCGUGUCGUCCUUUUAUACCACCAUCGUGCUGGCGGUUAUCCUUCAUGUCACCGGGGUGUUCAAGCUGUAUACCAUCAUGGAUGAAUUUGGUCCCAUCAUGAGCGUAGCCAUCAUUACCGGCUUCGUCAUCUCUAUCAUCGCUUAUUUCUCUGCCAUUGCUCGCGGUGCUCAGCAUCGCGUGACCGGUUACCCCAUUUACGACUUCUUUAUGGGCGCAGAAUUGAACCCGAGACUUUUUGGAAUUUUGGAUUUCAAAAUGUUUUUCGAGGUCCGGUUGCCAUGGUACAUCCUUUUGCUUGUAUCCAUGGGUGCUGCUGCCAGACAGUAUGAGCUCUACGGAUACGUCUCUGGAGAAGUCGGCUUCAUCCUCAUGGCGCACUUUUUGUAUGCCAACGCAUGCUCAAAGGGAGAGGAAUUGAUCAUCCCCACUUGGGACAUUUACUAUGAAAAAUGGGGUUUCAUGCUUAUCUUCUGGAACUUGGCUGGUGUCCCACUCAGCUACUGUCAUUGCACUGUCUUCCUGGCCAACCGUCACCCUUCAACCUAUGCCUGGAACAAAUACGCCCUUGCCUUCCUCUACAUCGCCUAUCUUUUCGUCUACUGGGUCUGGGACACUACCAACAGUCAGAAAAAUAGAUUCCGCCAAGAGUCCCGUGGUCUCGCUGUGAUCAGAAACACCUUCCCGCAGCUCCCAUGGCAGACCGUCAAGAACCCAAAGACAAUUACCUCCAAGAAAGGGGAUACCAUCCUUGCCGAUGGCUGGUGUAAGUUCUGCGAAAUCAAAUAAACAUCGUUAUUAUCAUAGUUGUGCUAACGGUAAUGUCAGACGGAUACGCCCGAAAAAUCCACUACACUUGUGAUCUCUACUUCGCUAUCAACUGGGGCUUGAUUACUGGAUUCACCAGCCCCUUCCCUUGGUUCUAUCCCGUCUUCUUCGCUGCCAUGAUCACCCAUCGUGCUACCCGAGAUAUCCAGCGAUGCCGUGCCAAGUAUGGAGAGGCAUGGACAGAGUAUGAGAAGCAGGUCCCUUAUCUCUUCAUCCCCGUAAGUGUCCCCCACCUGCAUCUUUUAUGACUGGAUUAAACCAAACUAACCUGUUUUAUUCCAGUACGUGAUUUAAGCGACCGACUAUCAUUACAUUAACCACUUGAAGUCGAGCCGUCGCCAAAAGUUUUAGCGCAUAGACUUCUUGCCCUUCCUCCCUUUUUAUUCUAUCGUCUGCGUCUUGCG